AUGAUUUACAAAUUUUACAAUUGCUCAAGGAAGUUGUAUGAGCACACAGAGAAAUUAAAAUAUUUUAUAACAAAAAAUCAAUUAGUAAAUACAUAUCAAAAUAAGUUUCAGAAAAGUAUCUAUUUUGUUUACAAAAAUGGAAAUAAUGGGGGUUUUAAUGAAAAUACUGUAUUUUUAAAUAACGAUAAUAAACAUUAUAAUGAUAGAAAAAGUAGCUUUAGAAUGCACUCCAUUGUGUUUGCAAACGUGUUAGGUUUAGCAGUUCAUGCAAAGAAAGAUGAAGAUUACGAAAAUAUAAAUUUUAUAAAUAAUGAGCUAUUAACUGAUUCAACUGUAAAUAUAAAUGAAAAUGUAAUAAAAAAAAAUGAAUUUAGUUUUAUAGGUAAAAAUAAAUUAUUCGGUAAUUCAAAUGAUAAUAAUACCAAACAAACAGAUAAUGCCUUAAAAGGAAAUAAUAAGAAUGGUUCAAAAAAUGAUAAAUAUGAAUAUUAUCAAGAAUUAAGUGAAUAUAGCAAUAUGCAAAUAUUUUCUAGUAAUAGUCACCAUGAAUUGGCAAAUGAAAUAUGUUCCAAUUUAGGUAUAGGUUUAGGUAGAGCGUAUGUUGGAAAAUUUAGUGAUGGAGAAAUAGCUCUUCAAAUAAUGGACGAGGUUAGAGGAAGAGACAUUUAUAUAAUUCAUUCAACUCCAGCAGGAGGAAAAGAUGUCCACUCGCGUUUAAUGGAAUUAUUUUUAUUUAUAUCAACCUUAAGAAGAUCAUCUGCCAAAAAGGUAACAGCAGUUAUACCAUAUUUAAAUUACUCAAGACAAACCAAACAUUUAGAUGACCAUAAUUAUGUUCAUUCCCUAGGAGCCCCAGAAAUAGCUAUUUUGUUACAAGCUUGCGGUGUUGAUUCAAUAAUUUCUGUUGAUUUACACAAUGCAAGGAUUGAAGGGUUUUCUACAGGAAAAAAAUUUCAACCUCCACUUAUGAACAUUAAUCCUCAAUCAUUGGCUGUUGAAUAUUUUAAAAAAAAAAAACUUCGAAGUCCAGUCGUUGUAUCUAUUGACAACGAAGGUGCUGAAAGAACAAAAGAAUUCUGGAUUCGAAUGAAUAAGAACUCCAUGAAUGCAGGUUUUACUACUCUUGUUUCGAGUAAUUAUAAUGAAAUUAAUAGUAGAGAAGGUUAUCCAGUUAAUGAUUCAUACGAAUUAAAUGAUUUCAAAAAUAAUAAUAUGAAUUUAUAUAAUCAGGAUAACAAAAAAAAUAAUACUAAUGCUUUAAAUAAUUCUAAAAUUGUAGAUAAAAAAGAAAAUGAUAUGUUUGAUAAAGAAAAAUUUACCAUAGUUGGAGAUAUUAAGGGAUGUGAUUGUAUUUUAGUAGAUGAUAUUAUUGAUACAGGAGAAAAAUCUCAAAAAGUUGCUGCUAUUUUAAAAAAUGCAGGAGCUCGUAAAAUAUAUUUAUAUGCCACUCAUGCCAUAUUAUCUGAUGGUUGCAUUGAAAAAAUUAAUAAUUCAUGUAUAGAUGAAGUUGUAACUACAAAUACUAUACACAUUCCAAGUAAUAUAUGUUGUGAAAAAUUGCAUAUUUUGUCAGUUGCAAAAUUAGUAGCUGAAGGAAUUAAAAGAGCUCAUAAUGAACAAUCACUAAAUGCAUUAGAAGAUUUUUCUGAUGGACAAAUAGAAAUGAAAGUAUAG